AUGGAAGAAGAUCAAAAGUGGGGAGUUGCUGGUAAAAGUGUGGGGAGGACUUGCUGUGACCAUCCUUGCAAAAAGCGCUUUUGGAGGAAUUGGAAAGAUUUGUCCGGUAUAACUGUCUGCAUCGCAUUAUCUGUAUUGUCUCUUGGAUUUUGUGUUCUCGUUUACCUGAGGACCUCGGAGCUGCAGUCCAGGAUACUAAACCUGGAAAAACAGAGAGAUACGCAGCUCCCCGCCUGGAUCUCACUCGAGCAGGUGGAACCCAUUAUCUUUGGACGAAUAGAUCAGAUUCUGGAAGAGGUAAGGGUUGUGGACUAAUUAUUCCAUAUCAAACAUAUUCUUACUUAUAUUCUAUAUUCUUACUUUUUGUUCAAGUGAUACAUUGCAAGUAGGCCUACUUUGUUGUUCAAAUGAUUAUAAGUAAUGAGAAAAAUAAAUACACACCUGUGGGGAAACAUAGGCUAUUUAAAAUGUAUAGCUUAUUUAGUCAUUCCGUUGGCUACGCUAAUGAAAAUAUUGAUUAGCCUACUUAAAAAAUAAAUAAUGUGUAUUUUGUUUACAUGUCUUAUUUUAAAGGGCAUGGAUAGGAUGUGUAGCCUACCUCGCAUAUCGAUGUCUCUCACUCAUUCCACAAGUGCUUGAAGCAGCGGCAGUUCCGAUUGGAAUUAGACCAGCUGCUCAUGUUAACAUGCACGAGAAUAUAAUGUCCAAAGUUCAAAUAAGUUUGUUUAUAAUAGCUUACGUUUCAAUGAAGAAUUUUGUGCAAUAUAUAUUUUAUAUUUUAUUUAAUCACAUGCACUCUCAUAGGCUACCUGUGCUACCUUAAUUUAUUUAUUUUAACUUUUUGGAUUGUGUGUACUGUUUUGUAUUGCUUAAUGCACUGUUGGAGCUAGAAACACAAGCAUUUCGCUGCACCUGUGAUAACAUCUGCAAAUAUGUGUAAAGACCAAUAAACUUUGAUUUGAUUUUGAUUUGAUUUGUAGAUUCCAUGGAUGAAAAACAUGCAUGGGCCGCGCGCGGCACGUCCAAAGCACGUUGGCUUUAGUUCAAAGUCUAGUUUUAUUCCUAAAUGUAAACUGAAUGGCAGGAGAAUUUGCGUCUGUCUUUGGGGCAUCAGCAUGGUUUAGGUAACAGGACUGUGAAUGACCCUGGGAUCAAAUCUGUUGUUUUAAAAUAUGCUUUUCAACGCGCCCUUGCACUGGCCUUUAAUUUACCACUUCCACAGCAGGGCCCCUGUUUCCCCCCUGUUUACUUUCGGCUAACUCGGGACAUCAUUGUAAAUGCACUUAUUGUAGAGACAGCAGUGCACCUCAAAGGGGUGCAUCAGAAUACUCAAUUUUCACUGCAAUCAUGGUCACCACACUAUUUUUAGGAUGCACAUUGUGUUCUUAUAGAACAUUUACAUUAAAAACACAGAUGUCACAAACCUAUCUCCCCUUGCAUUAGAAAAGAUAGCCUACAGUUAAAGUUAAUUCACUUUAGGCAAUUAUUUUCUAUGCACCAGGGACAUAUGUUUUUUAUCUUGUUCAUCUUGGAUUUCAAGGAUACAUCUGUGUUGUUAAUUAUCAGUUAUUAUCAGAAUAUUAUCAGACUUGACAUUGUGCAUAUCACAAAUACCCAAGGAUCUUAUAUGUUUGAUACCUUCCUUAUCCUUAUUGCAGUUAUUGAAUAUCUGCUAUUGAGCAUGGAGCUAGUGUGGCCCUAUAAACACAAUCUUACUCCAGUCUUGCAGGAGGCAUUGUGAUUCACCCCUUUGUUUAGAUCUGUUUAUGUAAAUGCCCAUUAUUAAUGUGAUGCAACAGCAGAUGUGGCCGCUUCUAGCCGACUGCCUUUGCGUGUUUCUGUCCAGAACCUCCAACACUUUCUAUAAAUUUACUGCAAGUUGGAAUCCUCUCUGGAAAAUGUACUCUGCAGAGGCCUAAAUUAUUUCCCACAAUUCACAUUCUGAUUUUGAGGAAAUAUCCCAUACAUUUGUUGGAUAAUGUUUGUGGUUCAUGUUUUUGUACUCUAAUCUUUGUUGCCCGAAUAGUCUGCUGGGAGGAGGAACAUAUGUAAUGAAAGGACUUCAAACUAUGAAUAUUAACCCAACUUGUACCAUCACAGACAUAUUAUGUCUUUAGACUAGGAAUGAAUAUAGUGGUCUCUUUACUAGCUGACUGACUUGAGAGUGAUAACAGGUAUCAUGAUGUGGAUGGAUGGAUGGAUGGAUGGUGAGGAGUCGGACUGAGUUAUAGUCCAUACAUGGCAGCUGAGGCUCUCGCUCCUUUUUGGUUUAGGGGAGAGAGAGGGGGGUACAUUCUCCGCCUCUCUGCCUCCCCACUUUAAUGGUAACCCGAUGCCAGAGUUUUUGAUCUGGUUUUAUCAUUCUAUUUUAAAAGGAUGACAAAACAUUUUACAAUCCCAAAGUCAGAUUAAUACUAAGACCCUCCGACUUUGCUGCCCAGGGGCCCUACUAUGGAGGCACUAUAGUGAGCGCUGUCCCCCUGUCCUGUCCUGUGGCUACAGGAGGCCUCCUGUAGCUCAGUUGGUAGAGCAUGGCGCUUGCAACGCCAGGGUUGUGGGUUCGAUUCCCACGGGGGGGCCAGUAUGAAAAAUGUAUGCACUCACUAACUGUAAGUCGCCCUGGAUAAGAGCGUCUGCUAAAUGACUAAAAUGUAAACGUAAAUCUCUGUUACUGGACUGAGGGCCUUUGGGGCAUAUUCUCCAUAGCUCUGCUGUGAAACCUAUACCCCACUUGACUCUCAGUGAUUUCUCUAACAGACGUGCCAUUAACACAUGGGUAUCAUCAAUCACAUGGUCUUAAAUAAUUUAACACCAGGACAUAAAAUACAUUAUUGACCCUUUUGUUCUGAUCAACAAUCUACGUGUUGUUUCCAUGUGUCAUUAAGAGAUUCAUCUCCACACUCUUGUUUGCCCUCUGUAAAUUCUGCUCACCACCUGGACCCAACGGACACACCAAAUACCCACAGGCAUGGAUUGUUAAAUCAGCUCUAAAGGAACUUGACCCUUUCCUUCUUUGCUUUCCGAGGGGCCCUAAAUCUAUACACAUCUUCUGAGGCUGUGGUUGUUUUGAAAUGGUUUGGUUUCAGAAAUAUUGAGAUACAAGAGGAAAAUUGUAAGGUGGUUCUAUAAUGCAAAAAGUUGGAGAUCUCAUUCUUAUCCACUUGUGUUCUACAGAACUCUCAGCCCUGAUCCUUCCCUGAGAACUGAACCUCUCACAUCUACAUCACUGUGAGAGGUUGAGCUCUGGUCUUGGCCUCAGCCCUACUGUACAUGGCUUUGACUCUACCAGAAAACUUUACUCUGACAGAGCACAAAGGCGUCUCAGGCACUUCUAGAGUGUGUUGUUUUAUUUUCCCUGACUUAUUAGCACAUGUAGCAUUUAUCCCCACUACUCCGCUGGUGCUUUCUGCUCUAUUGAACUGCAGCAUUAGGUAACAUGCAAAGAGAUGGCGGGUGGCUGUGUGCUCAGCGAUGGUCUGGCUGCCCAGAAAACCACAUCUAGUUUACACACUGUGGGGUGACAGAUCAGCAGGGAUCAGAGCGAGGAAACCGGGGCAAGUGGAGAUGUAUUUUUCACUUUUCUACACCUCAGAAUCUGGACUGAAACUCACACAAGCUUGAACAGGGAGACAUGUGCGCUAGGCCUCUGUCAAGCCUACGGAGACCACUUUGUGGUUAAUUGUUCAUGUUAAACAGGCCAGUUUUAGGGUGAGAUAAUGACGUGUUCAGGGGGAGUCUGAGAAUUAUCGAGGAAUGAAUGUCUCUCAAGACUUUUGAUUUUGCUACAUUGGAUUUGACACCUGAGGUGUAUUGUUGAGAAGUCAGCCUCUGGGUUUUAUGAGUAGGCAGUGCUAAGCAUCCUGUCUUUGUGCUGAAACUGAAGAGAAGAGUGUUUAAAUCAGUGGAAGAAAUGUUAUAUUUCUACAGGAGUGGCUUAAACUGCAUAGAAAUAGCAGCUCACAAGUCAUUUUUACUGUACAGCUACUGUGCUUUUUCAGAGAGAUACAGAGCAGGAAAUAUGUAUUCUGGCAACAAAGAUUAGAGUACAAAACAUGAACCACAAACAUUAUCCAACAAAUGUAUGGGAUUUUUCCUCAAAAUCAGAAUGUGUAUAGUGGGAAAUAAUUUAGGCCUCUUCAGCUUACAUUUUCCAGAGAUGAUUCCAACUUGCAGUAAAUUAAUAGAAACUGUUUGAGGUUCUGGACAGAAACACGCAAAGGCAGUCGGCUAGAAGCGGCCACAUCUGCUGGACGUUUGUAUAAAGUUCUUGGGACGUUGGGUCAUGGUCCCCGUUGUGUCAUGGUCCCCUGGAGGUUUUUGUCACGUGAUGGUCCCAGGUGUCCCAAACCAUAAUAAGUAAAGUAAUAAAAUGGUAUGUGGGUUUUAAGGUAAGUGGUACAAUGUUCAGCUAAAAUAGUGUAAAAGUCUUUAAUCAAUUACAGUAUGAUUACAUUUGACAUGAUCGCUUAGUACUGACUUUUCAAUAUGACCCCACUUGGGAUUUGAAUUUACAACCUCUGGAUUUGGGGUAUGCGGAUCUUUCUGCUGUGCCAACAAAGUCUGUAGAAGUUCAGAAGUCUCCUAUACAUUCAUUACCAAUGAUGCAUCUCUGCACUUAGCAAAAGAGUGCAAUCUGCACUGCUAUUUAAGUUAUCAGUUAAUCUGACUAUUCUCUCAUUGAUUUAAUUGACGUAUUUCAGCAAUUUGAGUUUGGGUUUUCAGUAUAGUUGUCUAAUGUUGGUAGGGCAUAUUAUUCUGUUUUAAUGUUACUCCUGAAUCACUAUGAUAAAUAUAAUUGUUUUUCUUCAGUGUAUAUUUAACAGAGCUGAGAUUUACUUUGAAGUGCAAAGUGUAGGAAUAAGCCUACAGGUGAAAUCAGUCAUUGAUACAGACAUGGUGGUGUAGCAGGAAGAUCGGAAUGCUGUCAACAAAGAGGUUGUGAGUUCGAAUCCCAGGUGAGGACUUGUUAAAUAAUAAUGAUAGUGCCUUGCAAAAGUAUUCAUCCCCCUUGGCAUUUUUCCUAUUUUGUUGCAUUACAACCUGUAAUUUUAAUGGAUUUUUAUUUGGAUUUCGUCUAAUGGACAUACACAAAAUAGUCCAAAUUGGUGAAGUGAAAUGAAAAAAAUAACAGAAAAGUGGUGCGUGCAAAUGUAUUCACCCCCUUUGCUAUGAAGCCCCUAAAUAAGAUCUGGUGCAACCAAUUACCUUCAGAAGUCACAUAAUUAGUUAAAUAAAGUCCACCUGUGUGCAAUCUAAGUGUCACAUGAUCUGUCACAUGAUCUCAGUAUAUAUACACCUGUUCUGAAAGGCCCCAGAGUCUGCAACACCACUAAGCAAGGGGCACCACCAAGCAAGCAGCACCAUGAAGACCAAGGAGCUCUCCAAACAGGUCAGGGACAAAGUUGUGGAGAAGUACAGAUCAGGGUUGGGUUAUAAAAAAAUAUCAGAAACUUUGAACAUCCCACGGAGCACCAUUAAAUCCAUUAUUAAAAAAUGGAAAGAAUAUGGCACCACAACAAACCUGCCAAGAGAGGGCCGCCCACCAAAACUCAUGGACCAGGCAAGGAGGGCAUUAAUCAGAGAGGCAACAAGGGGACCAAAGAUAACCCUGAAGGAGCUGCAAAGCUCCACAGCGGAGAUUGGAUGUAUCUGUCCAUAGGACUACUUUAAGCCAUACACUCCACAGAGCUGGGCUUUACGGAAGAGUGGCCAGAAAAAAGGCAUUGCUUAAAUUUAAAAAUAAGCAAGCACGUUUGGUGUUCGCCAAAAGACAUGUGGGAGACUCCCCAAACAUAUGACGUAAAUGUAAAUGUAGAAGGUACUCUGGUCAGAUGAGCUUUUUGGCCAUCAAGGAAAACGCUAUGUCUGGCGCAAACCCAACACCUCUUAUCACCCCGAGAACACCAUCCCCACAGUGAAGCAUGGUGGUGGCAGCAUCAUGCUGUGGGGAUGUUUUUCAUCGGCAGGGACUGGGAAACUGUUCAGAAUUGAAGGAAUGAUGGAUGCAACACUCGAGUGGUUUAAGGGGAAACAUUUAAAUGUCUUGGAAUGGCCUAGUCAAAGCCCAGACCUCAAUCCAAUUGAGAAUCUGUGGUAUGACUUAAAGAUUGCUGUACAUCAGCGGAACCCAUCCAACUUGAAGGAGCUGGAGCAGUUUUGCCUUGAAGAAUGGGCAAAAAUCCCAGUGGCUAGAUGUGCCAAGCUUAUAGAGACAUACCCCAAGAGACUUGCAGCUGUAAUUGCUGCAAAAGGUGGCUCUGAAUAGUUCCAGGUUGUAAGGCAACAAAAUAGGGGGGGAAAUAGGGGGGGGGGGGUGAAUCCUUUCGCAAGCCUCUAAUCAAAUCAAAUUUAAUCAAAUAUGUCAAAGUGUAUCAAAUAUGCAAGUUGAAAACACUAUAUUAAAAGCAGUGUGUGUGGGUGUCCCUAGCAUUGCCAAAAGACAAAGUGUUGUGACUGGAUCAGUGGUUCACCUUUCAGGUCCUUGAUGGGCUUGGCAACCAUAAAAAGGGACGAUGUGUAUUAAAACUAGGGUGUGCGUGCCCUGGAUAAAACAAUUUUUUGGGGAGAGAAGAACGUUUCUUUGCGACCAUUAGGUGAUGUCCCCGGUGCACACCGGGAACUAGACAAAACCUCCAGGGUACCAUGACACAACGUCACAAAAACGUCUGUCACGCUCUGGCUCCGGGACUUUGUAUGUUGAGCCAGGGUGUGUUCGUUUCGUUGUGUUGUUCUGUUUGGUUGGGUUGUCUAUGUGGUUGUUUUUCCUUGUUGGUAUUGAGUGACUCCCAAUCAGAGGUAACGAGUGUCAGCUGUUGGCUCGUUAGCUCUGAUUGGGAGCCAUAUUUAAACUGUGUGUUUUCACCUUGUGUUUGUGGGUUUUUGUUCCAUGUUCUGUCAGUGUUACAGAGGACUUCACGUAUCGUCAUUGUUUGUUGUUUUGGUAUUGAGUACUUUAAUUUAAUAAAGUCAUGUUCGCUCAACGCGCUGCGCUUUGGUCUACUUCGCUACUAGACGAUCGUGACAGAAAAACCCACCAUACAACGACCAAGCAGCGUGUCCAGGAACACACGCAGGUGACUCUGGUGGAUGUCCUCCUCGGUUGGGGGCAGAUUACCGAGGAGGAGGCCGUCCGGUACCGGAGGGCUAUGAAGGGGGAGACCCAGGCAGAAGAGGAGCAGCGGCGUCAGCAGUGCCAUCGUCGGACGGACGAGAGGCACCCCCAAGAAUUUUUUAGGGGGGGGCACAGGGCAUGGACGAAGGGGCUGACGGAGGCAGAGAAGGGGCGGAUUCAAAAGGCCACCAGGUUACGGGGCCCACUGGUCAAAGUAGGGAAAGGAGGUUUAGAGGCACGGCGAGAGGUACUGGGGUGUGUUACCAGUCCGGUCCGGCCCGUUCUAGUUCCCGGAGUAGAGCCAGUGGUGUGUGUCCCCAGUACGGUCCGGCCUGUUACGGCCCCUCGCACCAAAUGGACGGUGCGCGUCUCCAGCCCGGUCCGGCCUGUUCCUGCCUCUCGCACCAAACCUACGGUGUGCGUCGACAGCCCAGCCCGGCCUGUUCCUGCUCCACGCACAAAGCCUACGGUGUGCGUUGCCAGCCCAGCCCGGCCUGUUCCUGCUCCUCGCACCAAACAUACGGUGCGCGUCGCCAGCCCGGUCCGGCCUGUUCCUGCCACCCGCACUAAGUCUACGGUGCGCGUCGCCAGCCCGACCCGGCCUGUUCCUGCCUCUCGCACCAAACCUACGGUGUGCGUCGACAGCCCAGCCCGGCCUGUUCCUGCUCCACGCACAAAGCCUACGGUGUGCGUUGCCAGCCCAGCCCGGCCUGUUCCUGCUCCUCGCACCAAACAUACGGUGCGCGUCGCCAGCCCGGUCCGGCCUGUUCCUGCCACCCGCACUAAGUCUACGGUGCGCGUCGCCAGCCCGACCCGGCCUGUUCCUGCCACUCGCACCAAACAUACGGUGCGCGUCGCCAGCCCGGUCCGGCCUGUUCCUGCCACCCGCACUAAGUCUACGGUGCGCGUCGCCAGCCCGACCCGGCCUGUUCCUGCCACUCGCACCAAACAUACGGUGCGCGUCGCCAGCCCGGUCCGGCCUGUUCCUGCCACCCGCACUAAGUCUACGGUGCGCGUCGCCAGCCCGACCCGGCCUGUUCCUGCCACUCGCACCAAACAUACGGUGCGCGUCGCCAGCCUGGUCCAGCCCGUUCCUGCUACUCGCACCAAGCCAGGGGUACGAGUCGUCAGCCUGGUCCAGCCCGUUCCUGCUACUCGCACCAAGCCAAGGGUGCGAGUCGUCAGCCUGGUCCAGCCCGUUCCUGCUACUCGCACCAAGCCAGGGGUACGAGUCGUCGGCCUGGUCCAGCCCGUUCCUGCUACUCGCACCAAGCCAAGGGUGCGAGUCGUCAGCCUGGUUCAGCUCGUCCCUGCUACUCGCACCAAGCCAAGGGUGCGAGCCGUCAGCCUGAUCCAGCCCAUUCCUGCUACUCGCACCAAGCCAGGGAUGCGAGUCGUCAGCCUGGUGAGGCCCGUUCCGGCUCCACGCAUCAAGCCUAGGGUGCGUAUCGUCGGCCAGGUCCGGUCCGUUCCUGCCUCACGCGCCAAGCCAGGGGUGCGCGUCGUCAGUCCAGAUCCUACCGGCUGGGUCAGAUCGGACCGGGGCCGCUACGGGGGGAUUGAAGAAGGGUGGUGGUCAAGCCCGGAGCCGGAGCCGCCUCCGAGGAGUAAUGCCCACCCAGCCCUCCCCUGUUUGGGGUUUUUGAGGCGCGGUCGCAGUCCGCGCCUUUAGGGGGGGGUACUGUCACGCUCUGGCUCCGGGACUUUGUAUGUUGAGCCAGGGUGUGUUCGUUUCGUUGUGUUCUGUUUGGUUGGGUUGUCUAAGUGGUUGUUUUUCCUUGUUUGUAUUGAGUGACUCCCAAUCAGAGGUAACGAGUGUCAGCUGUUGGCUCGUUAGCUCUGAUUGGGAGCCAUAUUUAAACUGUGUGUUUUCACCUUGUGUUUGUGGGUUUUUGUUCCAUGUUCUGUCAGUGUUACAGAGGACUUCACGUAUCGUCAUUGUUUGUUGUUUUGGUAUUGAGUACUUUAAUUUAAUAAAGUCAUGUUCGCUCAACGCGCUGCGCUUUGGUCUCAUUCGUCAGACGAUCGUGACAACGUCCUUGGGGACAUCCCCGGGACCAACUGGAAACUAGACAAAACUUCCAGGGGACCAUGACACAACGUCCUGAUGACUUUAGGCAACCAUUUUGUCUUAACGACUCAUUCUUGUUUGCAGGGGCUAUAACACUUACAUUAAUUUUAAGUUGUUUAAUUAAAGUUGAUACCAAAAAUGGAUUCACUUUUCCAUGACCAGUUUGCUCCAUUCCAGAGUCUGUAGUGCAGUUUCUUCGUUAGAGACCAUAUAGGAACAUUGAGCUAACAUACACAGUUCAUUUAUUGUACCCGAUGCUUAGAAUUACAGAACACUCAUAACUAUAACAUGUCUCCAACACCUGUUGGAGGCCUUUAAACAGCACACUGGCAUGCCUCUGAUAGUAAGUACUAUGAAUUGUCUUGACUGCUAUGUAGUGGGACAGUACUGGAAGUUCUGUCUUGGUUCAGGGUUGAAAAGCAAACUAUAUUUGUUUAUCUAAUGAGGUCAAUUGUCAAACGUUGAUACCUUGAUUAAAGAUGAGAUGUUUCUUUGUCAUUUGAUAUUUAGGUUGAUGUGCCUUUGAACUCUGAAUUCAUCACUAUCCACAGACUAAUAUUCUCUUCCGUUUUUUACCCACGUGCAGAAAUUGGCGGCUCGACUUCCCAAAACACGAGAGGCCAGAGAAGCGCCCCAUAGCUGUGUCUGUCCACCAGGUAAGCCUCUGUCCCGCCCACUUCUCACUUCUCACCUCUUACCCGACACCCUCACCUUUGACUGA